CCGCAACCCCCGCCCUAGCCCCGAGGCUCAGCGCUGACAACAGACGACCCUUCCCUGGAUUGUCCACUCUCUCUAACUCUCUGCCCGAGUCAUCAAUCUCAUUCUUCCUCUUCUCCAUCCUCCUCCUCCUCCUCCUCUCCCUCUCUCUCCAUCCUCUCCACCUACCCCGCCCGCCAGCGCCAUGAUCGAGGAGAAGUACAUCGGCCUCGGACUGGCGAUCAGCUCGUCAGCUGCUAUUGGCACCUCGUUCAUCAUCACCAAGAAGGGCCUGAACGACGCAGCAAGCCGACCAGCAGACUACCCACACAGCCAUCAGCGACAGACGCAGUCGCGCAAUGCCUCCGAGGACUUUGCAUACCUCCAGAACCCGAUCUGGUGGGCGGGCAUGAUUACGAUGGUCGUGGGAGAAGUGGCCAACUUUGCCGCGUACACGUUCGCGCCCGCGAUCCUAGUUACGCCGCUGGGCGCCAUGAGUGUCAUCAUCGGAGCCAUUCUAGCGUCCGUUUUCCUGGACGAGCAGCUCGGCAGGUUGGGCAUUUGUGGGUGCGCGUCCUGCAUCAUCGGCUCGGUCGUGAUCAUUCUGCACGCGCCGAGCGACAAGGAGGUGGACACGGUCGACGACAUCCUCAAGCUCGCGGCACAGCUGCCCUUCCUCACUUAUCUCACCAUCGUCACCGUGUUCAGCACGUUCAUGAUCUUCCGCGUCGCCCCCCGAUACGGCCAGACCAACCCCAUGGUCUACCUCUCCAUCUGCUCAUUAGUCGGCAGUGUCUCGGUCAUGGCGAUCAAGGGGUUCGGCAUUGCGCUCAAGCUCACAUUUGCGGGCAAUAACCAGCUCACGCACUUUACGACCUACCUGUUUGGCGCUGUGGUGGUUGGGUGCAUUCUGGUUCAGAUGACCUACUUCAACAAGGCCCUAGACACCUUCUCUACCAACGUAGUCAACCCGAUCUACUACGUCUUCUUCACGACGGCGACGAUUAUUGCGUCCGCGAUCUUGUUCCAGGGGUUCAACACGACUGACGCCGUCAACACAAUCUCGCUGCUGUGCGGCUUCCUCAUCAUUUUCAUGGGCGUCUUCCUGCUCAACAUGAGCCGCAAGCCCGAGCCCCCUCACCACACCUCGUCAAUCGAGACGGGCCUCAUGAACCCACGAAUGAGCAUGAGUGGGCGCAUGAGCAUCGAGUCACAGGGCGCCCCGCUCUGGAACUAUGCGUCGGUCGGGCAGGCCCCGCCCGCAUAUGCCGAGGGGCAGAACGCGCAGCAUGGGCGCAGGUCGCGCUUGUUCCGUGAACAGAACAGCACCCUGUUCAACGCAUUUGAGGAGGAGGGUGUCGCACUCACCCAGCUCCCAGAGGAGAGCGAUGAGGACGACGACGACCGUGACCGCCGCGACUACGCCAAGCGCUCUCUCGUCGGCCGGCGCGAUGUUGAUGGCGGCAGGCAUCCCGCUUACGAGGUCUAACCCGUUGUAUGCCGGAAUCUAGAUGUGGCCGGCACCACAUGCAUGCUUUAUUGUCCAA